UUCAAUAGUGCUUAAUAUUAUUUUUCAGACUUUUAAUGACAACGGUGAUCUGAAGCGAUGGCCUUUGAUAUAGACCCGUCGCAAUUAGGGAAUCCACAGGAUUUGGAACAGCUGUGGGUCAAUAAAGCGAUCGACUUCUCGGAGGUGCACUAUGACUUGUUGCAGUCUCUGGACGCCCGAUUCCUGAAACUGACUCACAUUGAUGACCGGAUCUACGAGGCGUUCAAGGCUUCCUUUCCUGAACUGAAUGUAGAGAAAAUUGAAGAGGAGGAGCUGAAAAACGAAGCUGCGAAGAUCAAAUGGCGCCAUUUUUGCGAGCAGUUUAAACCGCUGAUCAAAGAUCACAAUUUCGGAACCUUACUUAGAUUGGAUCCCAAGGGACCGUAUACGGAAGAAAAUACCACUUUUAGUUACAGACUGCAGUUUUUGGCAAUUGAAAUAGCGAGGAACAAAGAAGGCUUCAAUUUGAGUCUUCAUACCAUGCCACAACAAGAAUUUUCCUGAUACGCGAGGAUGAAAAAACCUAAGAACUGAGUGUUAUGAAAAACCUUGCGGCUGUAGUUUGUUGUCAGAAGUUAUUUUGUGUUAUUAAAUAAUGAUUAAAACAUGGUUAAUGGAAAA